CCUUUGAUCACGCGCCUGCCGGCUCUUCCGGGGCCCCGGAGCCAACCGAGGGCGUUCCUUUCCGGGCUGCAUCGGCGGGAGGGAGCCCAGUGGAGGCGCCCUCCCGAGGCAGUACUACUGCCCAUGCUGACUACCCAGCCCUCUGGCUGCCGAUGUCAUGAGUAACACCACAGUGCCCAAUGCCCCACAGGCCAGCAGCGACUCCAUGGUGGGCUAUGUGUUGGGGCCCUUCUUCCUCAUCACCCUGGUCGGGGUGGUGGUGGCCGUGGUAAUGUAUGUCCAGAAGAAAAAGCGGGUGGACCGGCUUCGCCAUCACCUGCUCCCUGUAUACAGCUACGACCCUGCUGAGGAGCUGCACGAGGCUGAGCAGGAGCUACUCUCUGACGUGGGAGACCCCAAGGUGGUCCAUGGCUGGCAGAGUGGCUACCAGCACAAGCGGAUGCCCUUGCUGGAUGUCAAGACAUGACUUGAGCCCCCUGCCCUGCUCUUCAGAACCAUGGGGUCCUGGAAUGUCCAGGGCCCUGCAGCCUGCUGCUUCCCCCAGCUCCCCCUCCCGGGUACUGGGUCUCCAUUCCUCCUCCCAUCUGUCUCCAGUCCUAAGCCCUGCAUAGCAGUCAGCCCCCACUGUCACCUCACUCCCUGCUAGGCCUUCAGUCCUCUGUGGGCUGAGCCUACCAGCCACUCCCAGGAGCUAAUGGGAAUUUUUCUUUCUGGGGUGGAAGGGUGGCUGGGAGACAGGGUGGAGCUUUGCCCUUCCACAGGCACCACCUUUCUCUAGCCCUCCCUGACUUGGCUUUGGAGCUGUUCCCAUGGUGACAGGGCCUAAUGUAUAAUAUUCGGUAUAUAUAUUUUGUAAAUAAAACGUUUUGUGGCUA